AUGAACAAACAUAGUUUUUGGGUAAAAACAAUUCCAUCAUUGGAUGCUGAAAAAGAGCUUUUCCAUGUUUCAGCUUAUAUUUGUGAUAGCUUAGAAAAUUCUUAGGACUAAAAUUAAAAUGGAGUUUUAAAAAUAUAUGAACAGAAAUUAAUUUACUGCAUUUAAGAAACAAACGUCUGUUUUAUCUAACUCAAUGAAGAAAUUUAAUAUAACACUUAUUUUGAUAGAGCUAAGGGAAUUAACUACAUAAAAUUUUAAAAAAAUUAAAUUCAUACUUAUAUUGUAAUGUCUGAACAAGAAAUAGCCCUUGUUGAUCAUUAACUCAACAAAAUAAUUUUUAAGAACGACUUUUAUUCUUCUUAUGAUAUAAUAGAUCUAAUUGGAAAUGGAACUUACUCACAGGUCUCAUUGGCAAGACACAAAGUAACUGGAAAAAAAUUUGCUGUAAAAAACAUAUCUAAGAACAGAGUUAAUAGUAGCUUAUAAAACAAAAGAGAAUUGAUGAAUGAGAUAAAUUUGUUGCGCAGACUUGAGCAUAAAAACAUAUUGAAAGGAGUAGAAUACUUUGAAACUGAUAAUGCAUAUAAAAUUGUCUUAGAGUAUUACAGCGGUAAAACUUUAGAAUGUAGGUUGUAGUAGAUUAAAUCAAUUAAAUUGGCAGAUGCUUGUUUUAUCAUGCAAUAAAUUUUAUAAGGACUCUAGUACAUUCACUCAUUAAAUAUUAUGCAUAGAGAUUUAAAACCUGAAAACAUAUUACUGAAAGAUCCCAACUCGUUUGAAAUUGUUAUAGCUGAUAUCGGAUUUGCAUAAGAUCUUUAUUAAGACUUUGUUUUACCUAAAUGCGGGUCACCAGGAUAUAUUGCUCCAGAAGUUUUGAAUUCAAGGGAUGGCAAAGAUUGUGGAGUAAAAACUGAUAUGUUCUCAUGUGGUUUGCUCUUUUACAGAUUAGUUGCUGGAAAACCUCUUUUCAGCGGAAAAACAGUUGAACAAACUCUUAUUGAAAAUAAAAAAUUUAAAAUAGAUUUAUCGUCUUCACAGAUAGCUUAAUAUCCCUUAUAAAUUUAAAAAAUCAUAAAGGGCAUGCUACAAAUAAACCCAGUUAAAAGAAUAUCUGCUGAAUAAGCUCUUUUAUCUGGAUUUUAUAAUUUAGAAGGAGACGAUGAUCAGUAUUUUUGCAACAAUUAAAUAAAUAGUUUAUCAUAAAAGAGCUUCAAAAGUAGUUUCAAUAGUAAGCAAAGUACAAGCUCAUAAAUUUAAACAUUUGCUUCCCCAAAAUAAAAUUCUGAUAGAAGAAAUUUAUUCUCGAGCUCAGCAAUAACUUAAUAUAAUUCCAGCGUAAGCGUAAGAACAGAAUCUUCUGAAUAAUUUAGGAUUGGAAGGACUUAUAAGGAAAAAGUAGAAGACUUGCUAAAUUUUGAAACAGAGUUAAAAAGUCCUGUAAAAAAAUCUAAAAUUAACAGCCCUUUAACGAAAUUUCAAAAGCAAUAAUCGCCUAAUUGCAGCCCAAUCUUAAAAAUGAAUGCGAGUUAUCUGCGAAAAUCUAGUACAAGUGUAAAAUUUAGCCUAAAAAAAUCAGUAGCUUAAACAUUCAGAGAUUAAGUUGACAAUAUGAAGAAUAUAUCUUAGUUUACACAAAAAAGUUCUUUUAUAUCUGAAUUAAGGUGA